UGUGUGACUUUAUUUUGAAAAAAAAUGACAGGAAGUGUUUGUCAUUGACAUCAGUGUUGAAAGGGAUCAAAACUGAAGGCAAGCGGUUAGAAACAGAAUCUUAGCAGAAAGACACACAGCCGACAAAGUGACUGAUCACGAUGAGACACCGCAAAAUCUUCUGUCUGAAGCGACCCUUCCUGCUGGCUGCCCUGCUGGCUGCUCUGCUGGCUGCCAUUUGUAUGCUCUCCCUGAUCAACGGGGGUCUCAAGGUGGGCUGGAAUCCCACCUCCAUCAGCCUCGGCCGCUACACCCGGCUGGACUACGAGUACGACGACAGCCCGGAGAAGUUGUCCAACUGCUCGGCCAUCUUGUGGGGCGAGCGGGAGGCGCUGGAGCAGGCCAAGUUGUUGACCGUCAGCAAAGAUUUCCGCAAGCGCAUCAGAGUCCCAGACCAAUUUUAUGUGAACGCCAGCAAAGACUGCAGGAAGUUCAAGUCAAGCAGGAAGUAUCUCACAUUCCCGCUAAGCCAGGAGGAAGAAGACUUUCCCCUGGCUUACGCCAUGGUUGUGCAUCAUAAGGUGCAGAACUUUGAACGUCUCCUGCGGGCAAUCUAUGCUCCUCAGAAUGUCUACUGCAUCCACGUGGACUUGAAGGCCUCGCCGUCUUUCCUAGCUGCAGUCUCGGCCGUGGUCUCUUGCUUCCCUAAUGUGUUCCUGGCUGGCCGGCGUGAAAGGGUGGUCUACGCCGGCUGGUCCCGGGUGCAGGCAGACCUCAACUGCAUGGCCGAGCUGCUGACCACCGGCGUGGCGUGGAGAUACUUCAUCAACCUCUGCGGCCAGGACUUCCCCCUCAAAACCAACCUGGAGAUGGUGCGGGCACUGCAGGCGCUCAACGGCGCCAACAGCAUGGAGUCAGAGAAGAUACCCAAGGAGAAGAGGUGGAGGGUGGAGAGGGUUCACCACGAAGUGGAUGGACACAUCCAGGCGUUGGGAACGGCAAAGGAGUCACCGCCCUUCCAACUUCCCAUCAUGUCGGGGAACGCCUACAUCCUGGUGACGCGGGGCUUCGUCCGUAGCGUUCUAGAGGACCAGCGCAUCCUCGCCCUCAUAGACUGGGCCAAGGACACGUACAGCCCCGACGAAUUCCUGUGGGCAACCAUUCAGCGUAUGCCCGGCGUGCCCGGCUCCACGUGGGCGAGCUCCAAGUAUGACCUGAGCGACGUCAACGCCUUGGCCAAGCUGGUCAAGUGGCAGUGGCACGAGGGCGAGCAGUCCUCCACUGACGCCGUGUACCCGCCGUGCCAGGGCAUCCACAUUAGGGGCAUUUGCGUGUACGGGUCGGGCGACCUACAGUGGCUAGUGAAGCAGCGGCACCUCUUUGCCAACAAGUUUGACACAGACGAGGAAGCUGUCGCAAUCUACUGUCUCGAAAAGUACCUCCGACAAAGAGUGCUGGCCCAGCUACAGGAAGUGAAUGUCUGGUACAGUACUUUCAUGUGAAGGAAGAAGAGAACUCUAACAAAGCAUGAUGACAUUACACUGGUUUGUCAUAAGGAAAUCAGAAAUGUAUUUCAGUCUAUAAAAUCGGUGGACCAGCCAGGAAUUCACAAAUGUUCCCGUUAUGAAGAACACAGGAGAUUGUGGUCACGUGGAGGACACGACCAGCACUAAUCAUGUUAAUGCCACACUGCCUUGUAAUAAGGAAAAUAGACACUGGAUCACAGUAUAUAUUGUUGGUGGACCAGCCAGGAACAUAUCCUGUUAGGCAUAUGAAUAGUAUAGGAGAUAGCUGUCACGUGUAGGAAACGGCCAGAAGACAAUGGGUAACAGUCUAUAGAAUAUUAUAUGUACCAGCCAGGAAAAUGU